AUGUCUCCAAUGAGUGACCCACAUCCGCAUGAGACGACGGCCCUGCUUCAAGAUACGCCCGAGGAACCAAUUCAAGCCCAAGACACCGCCAUAAGUCCCAGCAGUUCCUCAUGGGUCACUCUCGUCGUGUUGCUCUGCGGCGGUGCCGUCCUGUUCGAUGUCGCUAACAGUCUAGGCUCGGCCGCUCAAACUGCGAUCACGGAAGACAUUGUGUGUAAACAUUGCUAUUCCACUGCGGUGUCGGGACUGCUCGAUGCGGACAGCUGCACAAUUGAACCGAUCCAAAUCGAAAUUGCCUUGAUUACCGGCUGGAAGGAUACGUUUGAGACAAUCCCCGGAAUCCUUCUCGGGGUCCCAUUCGGUAUGCUGGCCGAUCGCUACGGGGACAGACCGUUGGUUUUGCUCACUUUACUCGGAUGUACCCUCAUUUGGUUCCACGACACUUUGCCCCCGCGCGCUAUCUGGUUCUCCGAAUUGUUCCAGAUUCUAGCAGGCGCCGCGGAUAUCUUCUCGUAUAUGACAGCCGUUGCCAUGGUCUCUGAUAUCAUUGCACCACCGAUCGGGGCGGCGCUGAUGUCUAUCGAUCCCUGGGUGCCUUUUCUUGGGGCUUCCGCGGUCGGCGUGAUCGCAUUCCUAUGGAGGCUUGGCAAUGACCAGUCAUCUACGACAUGGCCCGCUAUCAGCCGAGUGCGACCGUUCAUUAAGUGGCUGUCGCGCAAUGGGAAUGUGCUGCUGGUUGUCUUCGGCUUCUUCAUCGCGCUGCUGGGACGACAAUCCUUUGCCGUGCUACUCCAGUAUACGUCCAAGAGAUUCCACGUGUCUUAUGCAGAGGCAUCAUACUUCAUGCCUCUCCGCGCCGGAGUGAGCCUGCUCUCUCUUUUCCUCCUCCUCCUCCUCCUCCUCCUCCCUGCCGUGACGUAUUAUCUCGAUCGUAAAUGCGAGUGGCCGACCGCAGUGCGCGACAAGCGUCUCACCCAAAUCAACACCCUGCUCAUGACGCUGGGCAGCCUGGCCAUCUUCUUCGCGCCGACGUUGCCGCUGCUCGGCCUCGGGACCGUGAUCUUCAGCUUAGGGUCUUCCUCCCUCGUGACCGCCGGACCCUACACCGUCUACACUCUCAUCGGGGUGGUGAGUUCAACCGGUAUGUUGAUCGUGGGCCCUCUUCUAGCAGGCAUGUUUCAUCUGAGAAUGGUGCUAGGCGACGUCUGGGUAGGCUUGCCCUUCUUGGUUGCUGCCGGGUUCUAUGCGUUGGCGCUCGCCGAGAUACCUGCUGUUAGGGUUGGGGCUGAGGGUAGGGAAUGA